AAAAAUGAAGCUGAAGUGAAGUGACUCAAUGUCGAAAAUAAGAAAAGCCGCUUUUAGCGAUCCAUAUAGCUUUUUUAAUUUCAAUUAAAUAUUUUACGUAAUAAUGUAAUUAACGUAUAAUUUCAUCAAGAAAGAUACUUGAUGUUAAAUAAAAAUGACUUGCUAUCGAAAGAAAGAUGGUGGGCCAAACGUCAAGUUCUACGAAUCUCCUGAAACAAUCGCCCAGUUUGAUACUGUGCGUCAAUGGCUGCAAAAAAAUUGUAAAAAGUACAUACAAGCUGAUCCACCUACUGCAAAAGGCUUAGCUGCUCUUGUAAACCAACUAGUACAAUUCCAAGAAGAUGCUUUUGGCAGAACUGUCAGCAAACCUCCUCUUACUAGACUUCCGAUGAAGUGUUUUUUGGACUUCAGACCUAGUGGAUCUUUAUGUCACAUUUUGGCUGCUGUUUACAAGUUCAAAAGUGAACAAGGAUGGCGCAGAUUUGAUUUUCAAUCUCCAUCUCGUAUGGAUCGCAAUGUAGAAAUGUUCAUGACGAUUGAAAAAACAUUGGUCCAAAAUAAAUGUUUAACCCUUCCGCACAUUUUUAUAAUGCCUGAAGUGGAAAAACAGUUGGUACCCAGAUUAAAGGACAUCAUUAAGCGUCAUCAAGGCACUAUAGCAGAAAACCCUGAUGAUGCAUCUCAUUUAGUACACCCACCUUUACCAACUACAGAUGGACCUGAAGAUUGGGUGCGUGUGGUUUUUAGACGGGAUAAAAAUGUCAUGCUACACUGGUGGUUUUAUCCUGACUCGUUCGAUACUUGGGUGACUGGGGCCGAAAUCGACCAAGAACCAGAUAUACCUGAUCCUGUUGAUGGGCCUUAUGAGGUUAAUGCUCGUUGGUUGCUUGAUCUGGAUACUUUUAAUGAGUGGAUGAAUGUUGAUGAUUAUGAAGUAGAGAUGGAUGCUUUAGGACGUAGGCGUUCUCCUAGAGGCAAAUACACUAUUGAAGAGUUACUUGCUGGCGUUGAUAGUGAUAAAAAGGACAAAAAAGGAAAGAAACGAAAACGAUCUCCAUCUCCUGUUUCUGAAAAGCGCAAAAACAAAAGUCGGAGCAGUAGAGGGCCGACUCUGCUAACAAAAAAGAAAUCAUUGCGAGGGGAUGACGAAAUGGAUGAUUUAACAAAGGAUAUGGAAGAGCCAUCCCCAGAACCUAAUGUGCAAGAAGUACACAUUCAAAAAAACACAAAUAAUCCUAGAAGCAAUAAAGAUGAAUCUCAGCCUUUGAAAGGUGGCACUCUUUUGGAAUUAGAUGGAAAUGACACUGACGAUAAGGGAGACAAAGAAGAGAAAAUGAAAACAUCACGUCCUGGUUCUCCCAACAGUCAGAGUCGAGAUAAAUUGCCUGAAGACAACCAAGAUGACAAUGUGACUGAGCAAGCCAAUCAUAUUGUGAUCCCUAGUUAUGCAGCCUGGUUUGAUUAUAAUAGUGUUCAUGCUAUAGAAAGAAGAGGGUUGCCGGAAUUCUUCAACUUAAAAAACAAAUCUAAAACGCCAGAAGUCUACAUUGCAUAUAGGAAUUUUAUGAUUGAUACUUAUCGACUGAAUCCCACAGAGUAUUUAACUGUAACUGCUUGCAGGCGAAACUUAGCUGGAGAUGUUUGUGCAAUCAUGAGGGUGCAUGCCUUUUUGGAGCAGUGGGGUCUCGUAAACUACCAAGUUGAUGCAGACAGUAGGCCAACUCCUAUGGGCCCACCGUCUACCUCGCAUUUCCAUGUUCUUGCUGAUACACCCUCUGGUCUCCAGCCCUUGAAUCCUCCUCGCACUAAUCAGCCCUCAGCAGCACAACAAAUGCUUAAUCUGGAUAAAGGUAAAGAAACUCCUGAAGUCAAAACUGAAGAAGGAGUUACGAAACCUCCUAUCAAUGAUAACUUUGGUUUGAGGUUGGAUCAAUAUGCCAAGAAAAAUGCUUAUAUGAAGAACAAAGCAGCUGCAACAGUAUCAAGAGAAUGGACAGAGCAAGAAACUCUUCUGUUAUUAGAAGCUUUAGAAAUGUAUAAAGAUGAUUGGAAUAAAGUAUGUGAGCAUGUUGGCAGCCGAACUCAAGAUGAAUGCAUCUUGCAUUUCUUAAGACUACCGAUCGAAGAUCCAUAUCUUGAUGAUCCUGGAGCAGGAGGGGGUGCCCUAGGUCCUCUAGCAUUUCAACCUAUUCCAUUUUCAAAGGCUGGAAAUCCAAUAAUGUCAACAGUCUCCUUUUUAGCAUCAGUUGUUGAUCCUCGCAUUGCUGCUGCAGCAGCUCAAGCUGCUAUGGAUGAGUUUGCGAAAAUAAAAGACGAAGUUCCUUCUGCUCUUCUUGAUGCUCACAUAAAAAAUGUUGAAGCUGCCGCAGCUGAUGGUAAUUCUGAUCCUAAAUCAGGAUUAGACAUGACUGGCAUUGCUGGCACUUUAGAAAGAGAAGAAGGAGAAGAAGGAGCUGAUAAAGAAAACAAGAAAGAAAAUGCGCCAGCUCCAGCUCAACAAAACGAUACAGCAGCAGUUGCUGGACCCAACAUACAAAUAAAAAUGGAGGUUGAGGAAGGAAAGACUGAACCAAUGGAUGUUGACCAAUCUUCUCAAGAUAAAACUGAAACUUCUGCUGAAAAGCCACCAAAUGCAGCUAACUCAGAAUCUGGUGAAGCUGUUCCCGAAAAUCCAGAAAAUGCUGAAGUAAAUGGUGAAAAAGAGAAAGAGGAUACUCCAGAAGAGCCGAUCGAGACAACUCCUCCUAAGGCUCCGGAAACUGAGCAAGAAAGGACUGUAAAAGAUGCUCAGCUGUCUACCGCUGCUGCAGCGGCUCUUGGUGCUGCUGCAGUGAAAGCUAAACAUUUGGCUGCUGUUGAAGAGAGAAAAAUCAAAUCUUUAGUGGCUUUAUUAGUUGAAACACAAAUGAAAAAACUCGAAAUCAAACUUCGCCAUUUUGAAGAACUGGAAGCUAUAAUGGAUAGAGAGAGAGAAACUCUUGAAUAUCAGCGACAACAAUUGAUCCAAGAACGGCAGCAGUUUCACAUGGAGCAGUUGAGAGCUGCCGAGUUCCGUGCCAGACAGCAGGCUCAUGCUAUGAUGAUGACACCCCCUAACAGUAACAGUGGAGAACAAGGACGUGACUCUCCUGUUUCAUUGUCAGGUCAGUGUCCACCCCAGGCAAGGGCCACUUAUCCCACUUCCAAGUCUCCUGGAUCUACUAGUGCAUCUGUUAACCAUCAAUCGGUUGCUUCACCUUCAAUAACUUCCCCGCAUGCUGUACCAGUACCGGUGACUGCUACAACACCCCAACCCAGUCCAAGUCCUGUGCCACCUUCUCCAUCUCCUGCUGCCCCGACUCUUCAUCCUCCUUCUCAACCCUCUCCACACCCUUCUCCGCAUCCAUCCCCAGCCCCACCUAUACCUUCUCCUGGACCUCCUCAGAUUCCUCCUUCCAAUCAACAAAUGCCAAUGCAUCCUUAUGUUGGACAACAACCACAACAGCAACCUCCGCCUCAACAGCAACAACAACAGCAGCAGCAGCAACCACCGCCUCAGCAACAUCCUAUGCAACAGCAUCCAUAUAUGCAAGGCCACCCACAACCUGGGCCCCCUCCCAACAUGGGAAUGGCCCCUCAAAUGAUGCAGCACCAUAAUCGCCCACCUCCAAUGCCCGGUCCUCACUAUCCACCCGCAGGAAAUUAUCCACCAAAUGGAACAAUGAUGCCUCACGGUGGUCUUCGACCAGCCGGACCUGGAAUGAUGUCGCCAGGCAUGAUGCCUGGAGGAGUACCAAGACCUCAGCAUGGUAUGCCACCAGUACCAUCAGCUCAGCCUACCCAAGGCCAUCCUAACAUGAACAGCGAACCACCAAUGCAAAAUCCAAUGGUCGGUCCUCCUCAAGCACAAGAAGAUUUAUAUACGCGUAAUGGAAGCAAAUUAUAUUCUGGAAAAAAAUUUAUUAAAUAUGUAGACAAAUAAUAGACAGAUAUUCUGGUUGAACUAAGUUACAGGACCUCCAGAUGUAAGUGAUUCAAGCAACAGUAGUAGCAGUGAAACAAUGAACAUGGCUGCCGCUAAUCAACCUUAAGAUGCUGUGCACUUUAAAAGAAAAAGAAGAAAAAAAAACCGUUUUAUGAACAUUUUAUAAUACUGUGGUAGUUACAGUCUUCAUAAUCCUGUUUUUUCACCCUUAUUAUGUUAUAUUUCAUCAGUGGGUAUCAUAUUUGGUAUAAAUUUUUAGAAUCAGAUUUAAUUAUUGUUGCUAAAAUCAAUUUCAUUGUUCUGCGAUCAUGAUGUCUUUUGUAUCAUUUGCUUUUCAUUGUUUCUCCUCAUUUUUUUAAAAAUAAAUAUAUAUUUUAAGUACCA